AUUGCUCCCAAGAUGUUGGCUAUCUUCUGGUUUGCCUCUUUCUCCAUGGCCUUUAAUGCCUGUUUAGUUCAGCUCUUCUUCAUCCACACUUUACAGUGCAUGGAAUCUGGUAUCCUGCUGGCAAUGGCCUUUGACCGCUAUGUUGCUAUCUGUGACCCGUUAAGACACACAUCUAUCCUUACACCUUCUGUGCUGGUUUGGAUGAUGGUGGUGGUGGCCAUCAGGGCAACAGUGCUGGUUGGUCUCCUACCCAUUCUAAUCAAAAGACUUCAUCUUUUCCAUUCGACUGUAAUUGCUCAUUCUUACUGUGAGCACAUGGCUGUGGUCAAGCUGGCUGCAGAAGACAUUCGUGUCAAUAAAAUAUGUGGUCUCUUUGUUGGCUUUACGAUCCUGGGAUUUGACAUGGUUUUUAUCCUUGUUUCCUAUGUCCUUAUUUUCAAGGCUGUUUUUCUUCUACCUCAAAAAGAGGCACGGCUCAAAGCUUUUAACACCUGUGUGCCACAUAUGUUUGUCUUUCUUGAGUUUUAUAUUCUUGCUUUCUUCUCAUUCUUCAGCCACCGUUUUGGGCAUGUUGUUCCCUCUACCCACAUUCUUCUGUCUACCAUCUACCUACUCGUGCCGCCUGCACUCAACCCUAUUGUCUAUGGUAUAAAAAAUAAAGUAAUCUGCAAGCGGGUGGCACAGAUUUUUCUUCUGAAUAAUAAAUCUCAAUAA